GGAGCCCGUUUAAUAAUGGACCUAUCACGACCUUUCGGCGACUCGGUUAAUGACUACAUAUCCCGUCAAGAUUACACCUUGAAAUUCUGUUCCGUCGACGAUGCCGUUAAAAUUCUGACACGACUUGGUCCAGGGGCAUUAAUGGCGAAGGUCGAUUUGAAACAUGCCUUCCGGUUGAUUCCUGUCCAUCCUGCUGACUGGCAUCUCCUUGGGUAUCAAUUUGACAAUUUGUAUUACUUUGAUAUUGUCUUGCCAUUUGGCCUUCGCUCGUCUCCAGCAAUUUUUAACCGUCUAUCUGACUUCUUUGAAUGGAUUGUUCGUCAUGUGGCAAAUUUCGCUGAUGUGCUUCACUAUGUCGAUGACUUCUUCUUUGCCGGCCCGGCCAAUUCCCGCCUUUGCCAACUCGUGAUGGAGUUUUUCUUUUUACUGUGUGAAGAAAAGCUGCGGGAUUUUUUGUCAGAGUUUCAAGUUUUUUCCAAUGCCAAGUCGAUGACAAAACGUGACCUUUUAAGUUUGAUUGGUAAAUUGAGCUGGGCUACUAAAAUUAUCCCUGCGGGUCGGAUUUUUCUUCGCAGAAUGAUCAACUUGGCCAACAGUGUUCGUCAGCUUCAUUAUCGCAUAUCUCUAAACAAAGAAUUCCGUGCCGAUCUAAAUUGGUGGCUAGAGUUUCUGCCGUUAUGGAACGGUUUUUAUUCUUUUCUCGAGCCAACAUGGACUUCGUCUGCCGAUCUAAAUUUGUUUACCGACGCUUUAUUGACCUUUGGUUGUGGUGCUGUCUACGGACAUGAAUGGCUGCAUGCAGUUGUUUCAACCUGGAAAUCGUUUUCGUCGCGUCAUUGUGGUGUCAUGGAUCUAAUUCGUCGGAUUUAUUUUACCGCAGCACGACACAAUUUUCAUGUUCGUAUCGUUCAUAUCCCGGGAAAAGAUAACUUGGCAGCCGACGCUCUUUCAAGGAAUCGUCUCGAUUUGUUUCGUCAACUCGUUCCCGAAGCUGACAUCGCUCCACAGCCUGUAAACUAUGAUGUGUCUCUCUUAUCUCUUACUUCAUGCGCUGACCGCUGGUCAAGAAAGGUUUCCCAUCCACAUUUCUCCUAGUUUUUCUGUUGACUAAUAAUGUUUGCCUUAUGUCGUAGAACAAAGAAAUCGAAUCAAACGCGUGCAGCGUCUGGAUUCCGUGAUGGACAGACUUUGCAGCGCCCACCUGUCAUCGAAUAGUUCCAAGUCCUAUCGUUCAGCAUUUCAAAGUUUUCAUCAGUUUUGUUUGCGAAACGGGCUUUCUAGUUUUCCUACCAAACGUUCUACACUGCAUCGUUAUAUAGCGUAUUUGUUUGACACCAAGCGAUCGUACGCUACGGCUAAAUUGCAUGUAGCCGCUAUUGCCGCUACUUUUCGUCCAGCGGACUUGCCAAAUAUCACUUCCAAUGAUCAGCGACUUUCAUUGUUAUUGGCCGGUUUUAAACUUCUGCGUGGGAAAACUAGACAGCCCCGUCCCGCAUUCACGAAAACUCAUCUGCAACGUUUUAUUGCUCGACUUCCACUUAUUAUCUGUAACCAGUUUGAUAUUAAAAUGUUGCAGUCAGCGGUUACCCUGGCCUUUGCGGGCUUCCUUCGCUUUGCAGAAUUUUGCUCACCGUUGUCACUGAAAUCAUCCUCCAGUGCCUUGCGACGCGAUGAUGUGACAUACACUACUAACUGCCUAUCCCUGCGUCUGCGUGCAACCAAGUCACAACAGUUCGGUCCUGUUUCCGUCAUCAUUGGGGCAACUGGUACGGCAACCUGUCCUGUUCAGGCAUUCCGGGCCUAUGACUCCCUGCGCCGGAGGCAUUUCCCGCCGGAUGCUCCUCUGUAUUGUUUUUCGACUGGUUCAUUUUUAACCAGGCAGCGUUUCACUUUUAUUCUCAAAAAACUUAUUAGCCCUAAUUUAUCGGCUCACUCUUUACGUAUCGGUGCCGCAUCAGCGGCUUUGGAAGCCGGCCUGUCAACCGAACAAAUACGUAUUUUGGGGAGGUGGAAUAGUCAUGCAUAUACUCUGUAUUCUCGCUUGGA